AUGUCUUUGGCGUGUGUGAAGGGCCACAGUGGAGAUGAAGAUGCUCACAGUGCACUGAGUCGUAGCCUCACCUUGCCAACUCUGGACGGCGUCACUGGCGUGAUCGCCACCAACAUCCCGUCACUGGCAGGAGUCGCUGCUUCCAUUGGAGGCUCCGCCCCCUGGAACCCCUCCACACCCUCUGCUCCCCCCUCCUUAGACAGCAUAGCUAAUAGCAUUACCACCCACAUACCUGACUUAGCAGAAGCUGCUAGCACUGAGGCUAACCUUGCGUCAUUCAAUCCAAUGCCACCUGGUGCUAACACAGAUACUGCUGUGCUAAGCCCCGCCCCCUCCACCACACCUGCACCUGCUCCUAGCUUGGACAGCAUUUUUAACUCACUGGCUAACAUUCCCAGCUUUGCGGGGUUUGUUAGCAGUGUGGGUAACCCUGCUGUGAGCUUCUCUCCAUCAGCCCCACCCCUCCCAAAUACUAAACCCCACCCACCCUCGCUGACGGGAAGUGGAGCUGGAGAUGCUCGUACAGGUGCAAUGACAGAUGUUGGAGCGCUGUCACAGCUGGUGACAUCAGCUUUAGACCCGACUGCUGCAGUCACGCUGCCACCUGUAGAGGGUGCUGCAGGGUUAACAGGUGAAGGUCCUCAUAGCACCAGAGCAGAAAACCCGUCGGACACCACGUUGGCCUGCUGGACGACCCAAGAGGAAGCUGAAUCUGAGUCAUCCAAUGAGGAGGAAGAAUCAGGUGUUAGCCCCGCUCCUUCUACAGCUGAAGCAGAUCCUCGUUCUGCCCCGACGACCAACAAUGACAAAAUCUCGACUAAUACUUCCUUUCGUUUGAUACCUACUCGGCCGGCCCCGCCCCCUCCCAACACAGCAGGCCGAUCAGGAAAAUCUGUCAGACAGAAGACACCGAGGGCGGCCACCAUCCGAGUGUCAAGGAAGAAGGGCGCCAGCGGGAAACCUACUCCUCAGAGCCCUGUCGUCCGGGCAAGCUGGCUGGACGUCUGGAAAGGCUUCAGUAUCACCAACGUGAAGAAACUGGACAAAGGCAGAUUCUCUGUUUACUUCAGGAAGAAGCAUUAUGACUUCAUGGCUCAUAGUGAAGGUUCAGGACGGUUGGGUCACUUCUCUUCUCGCCACUCGAGGCAAUCCAAGCCCCACCCCCCAGAACUCCAUGGACAAAUCACCCUUAAGGACCCGCGGGGUCGUGCUUAUGCUGCCCUCUGGGGUCAUGACCUUUGGAUUUACCCUAACAAGGAGGGCUUCCAGCUGGGUGUGGCCUCGUAUACCGUCCCCCUGAAUGUGGCCUCGGUCAAAUCGACGGGGAAACACUCGUUUAGCCUCAUCACUCCAUACAAGACCUUCAACCUGUCUGUUGAUUCGUCCAAGGAUCUGUCCGUCUGGGUGGACAGGCUGUCUUCAAGUAUCCAGAGCGCUCUGUCCUGCUGUCAGGUGGCGCUGCGUCUCUGGGAACACCCGUACAACAAGGUGUGCGGGGACUGUGGUGCGGCCAAUCCGGAGUGGGCCUCGGUCAAUCUGCUGCUGGUCAUAUGUCAGCACUGUGCAGGUCACCAUCGAGGCCUGGGCAGCAACCUGUCGAAGGUGCGCAGUCUAAGGAUGGACAAUAAAAUCUGGACUGAACCAUUGAUACAGCUGUUCGUUACCUAUGGUAACCAGCUGGCAAAUCAGGUGUGGGCUCCAGCGGUGCCAGCGGCAGAGCAGCUCCGCCCAGAGUCCACAGAUGAGGAGAGGUCAAAGUUCAUAAAGGAUAAAUACAGCAGGGGGCGCUACAGACGAGUGCACGCUCUGGCCUCAUUUCCCUCCAUGAUGGAGCAGAGGCUGUAUCAGGUGGUCUGCACUGACGACGUGGAGGAAACGAUGUCUCUGAUCUGCUCCGGAGCAAAGGUGUCUUCAUCAGACCCACAGACCCCCUCCCUCAUCCUGCUGGCAGAGCGAGCCAAUCAGGCUCUGCAGACCGAGCUGCUGCGAGUCAACGAGUACACAGAAGUCCCGCCUCACCAGCCGCUGGCAGGUAGAAGGAGGUUGGACUCCGCCCCCUCAGGUGAGGAGAAGGAGGAGCUUCACGGGAAACUGGAGGAUGAUCGUUUUCUCUUCUCGCUAGAAAACGAAUCAGCAGCCUGCGACGUGCUCGACCUGCGAGAAGUCCUGUCUGUCUUCCUCAAAGACGGCCGAGCUCAUCAGUUUGAGAUCGUCACACUCACAGAUCAGCUGAUCUGUGCAGCUGACAGCAGGGAGGGGCUGUCGGACCACCUGGUCCAUAUUCUGAAGGUGAUUCUUCCAGGGGGCGUGUCUUAUGCUGAGGUGGGCGGAGCCUCCGCAGUCAGUAAAGUGUGUAUUGUAGAAUUGGGCAGAGCUUCCAAUCAUCCAGAGGCCUGGCUGCUGCUUUGGGAGGAUGGAGUCAGCAUUCACCCUGUCCACAGAGAAUCCCAUGAGUCUCUCACAAUUGAUCUGGGCAUGCUCAGUCACCACGAAAUGGAUCCAUCUGAAAACAUCGUCACCAUGGCAACUGCAGACAGGAGGGUGUCGUUGCGUUUCGAAGAGCAAUACAGCUGUCGGUCCUGGUUCACCCACCUUCAAAGAGCUCUAGCCAAUCAGAGCCCAGCCGUGCCACGUCCUCCUGCAGCCAAUCAGAGCCCAGCCGUGCCACGUCCCCUUGCAGCCAAUCAGAGCCCAGCCGUGCCACGUCCUCCUGCAGCCAAUCAGAGCCCAGCCGUGCCCCAUCCUCCUGCGGCCAAUCAGAGCUCAGUUUCUUGGUCUCUGUACCCGGUGAUGGAUGUGCAGCUGAGAGGUUCGGUACCGCCGGCCAUCGAGCGCUGCAUCUCCCACAUCACCACCUACGGUCUGAAGGUGGAGGGCGUGUACCGGCGCUGCGGUCUCGCUUCAAAGUCAGCCAGUGUGUCAGACGAGAAACGCAGGUUUAAGGAGUACAGACGGUUACUACGGCAACUUCCUGAUGACAACCGACCCCUGAAUGCCCUGUUUGGACACUUCUACAUGUAA